AUGCCGUCCAAGUCGCCCGGGAGUGAAAGUGCCUCUGCAUCUCCAUCCACCUUUACCCAACUCCUCCCCGGAGCUCCGACAGCCUCGCUACAGUCCUACACCACUUUCGUCUUCCGCUUCAAGCGAUACAUCGCCUACAUCUCUGGCAGACAACUGAACAUCCUGUCCUCUCCCACCAAAUUGGUGCAGGCCAUCGCUUUCCAGCGUGAUUUGAUCGCAAUAACAGCAGACAAUGGCAGUGGGAAGUUGGCCGUGACGGAUGGUAAUGACGUGUGGGUGUUGGAGCCAAUUUCCGAGGGCUGGACCAAGCUGUGGUGGGAGGCAACAUUAAAGCUACGGCGGGGAAGUGCAACAGACAAGGCGCAGUGUCUGAGUUGGGGGAAUGAAGGGGAAGUGCUGGUGGGAGGACAGACAACCCUCUCCCUCUUCUCUACUCUGCCCUCCUCCCGAACCGCUUCUCCGUUGGAAUCCAGCGACAGUAGAGAUACGGCAGAGCCACGGACGGCAUUGUGGGAAAAGAAAGUCGCCUCUCCCAUCUUUCAGGCAGCCUUCAGUCCCACCUCUUCCAUCAUCGCAACCCGUGCCUGCUACGAUCGGCUGGUCAAGAUUUGGCGAAGGCUGUCAUUCGAAGAAGGCUUGUUCGACCACACAUAUCYCCCUCAUCCGGGAACAGUGACCCACUUCCAAUGGAGACCACUCGACGCGAACGCCGAGGAGAGGCGAGGCAGUGGAAUCAGUGGCAGGCAUGAAGAUGAGCCCGAAGUCUUGUACACCAUCGCCACAGAUGGCGUAUUGCGGGUAUGGCGAGCUGGUGGCAUGCAUGAUCUGGACAUCUUGAUGCUGCACACUACCAUCGACUUGGUCGGCGCCAUUCCACAGUCUCCCACGGCGAGUUCGCAUGGGUCUUCUCCUUCGAGCAUACCUCCUCGAUACGCACUCAUCAUCCCAUCUGAUCAAUUUCGUGCGGCUCUCAAUGCAGCCAUAGGACUACCGCAGCAAGGUAAAGUGAACCAUUCGAGGGAACUGCUGAAGGAGAUGGUCUCUCAGCACCCAGAUGUUGUAGUCGCGUUUGACGGCCAAGGAAGGAUGUCCGCCUGGGGUCUACAGAGUGUUGGCCAUAAAAGGCGGUCAGACACUCCAUCUCAACCACAGUGGUUCCACAUCACACACUCUGAAGGUCUACAGCUGCGGUUUCCUCCUCACACACCAGCUAUAUGCGGCUCCUGGUUCCAAGACGACAAAUUCCACAUCCUCUCCCAUACACUCACGCAGAGUGGUGAGCUUGGCUGGUGGAGUGGAGAUGUUGAGACCUUCUUCUCCCUAUCAGCGAGCGGGCACGCUAGGAUGUCGCCGACUACCACAUGGACCGGACACGARACUGAUGUACAGAACCUCCAUCCUCAUUCAAAUGGUUUGGUUUCAUGGUCUUCGGAUGCUGUGAGUCUUUGGGAUGCUGAUGGCGCAUCUAGCUUGAAAAGCAGGCUGUCAUUCAGUGUAGGCUCCGAAAUCUUAGCCGUCGCUACGAUGAUGGCGAAAGGAAUUGUGCUUACUGUCACUGCCACUGAAUUAGCUGCGUGGGAUGACCGAGGAUACAAGAUCGGUCAAUCAGAAUGCAAUGCCAGCAGCUCCGGCAGAAUCCAUGCUAAUCUGCCUGAGAAGCUUUCGGAUUCUGGCAUUUUCAUCUCGAAUGAUGGCGGCAGCGUUUUCUCGUGGACGUUGGAUGUCUCACAAACAGCUUCCUCUGGAUAUGGACAGGCUGUAGCUAGUAUCAAAGUCAGGUCUUUGGGCGAUCGUAGCAGGUCGAACGACAUGGCAUUCGCUGUUCCGGUGUCCAUGCCAUUCGACCCAAGUCAGAGUUGCAUCAUCACCAUUUCGCACACGGGCCGGCUGAUCUGUCAGCCGGUAUCUCAAGACAGCAAUGCUGAACCCAUCGCGGUCUUUGACACUGGUGUUGUAGAGCCAGCGCUCUUUGCCGCGACCGAGGAGUUUGCAGCGCUCGUCGCGCAGGAUGGGAAGGAACUUACAGUUGUUGAUCUCACCGAUGGUUACUUGGAGCAUCGCCAGAUCUUGACCAGCCCCGCUACUCAUCUCGAAGCGUUCAGUCCUAAAUCGAGACACAAUUUCCUCGCUGUUGGUCACGACACGACAGUCGGUUUGUUCGCUCAGGGGAGAUACGAACACCAUAGCGCGGGCCUGCCAGUGUGGGUGUUGGUCAAAAGCAUCUCAAUAGCUGGAAUCGGACUGCACAUUUCAGCAUUGGCAUGGACGUCCAAAGGCAGCCUUGCCGUUGCAGCUGGUAACAGUCUUUUCUUAACAAGUGCGAAUGUUGAAUCAGACCAUCUGGAUGUUGAGACCAGAGAAGCGAACGAUCUCGACUCCGACAUUCAUUUGGCAGAGCUGGCUGCGCAGCUCAAAAGCCCCCUUCCAGCUUGGCACCCUAGCUUACUCUCACAUCUCAUCCAUCACGGCCACUUCAGUCUGGUGUCAACGAUACUCGUCAGGUUAUCGCAACAGCUCAAGUUCUGGGGUACCGGCGAUGAGCUACAUCCCACACUUGACGAACCUCUCGAAGCUAUCAUUCAAGAUCCAGACAGCUUCAAUGCAUGGCUCAGCGAUGAUGAUGUGCAUGAUUUGAAGGAGCAGCUAAUGGAGAAGGAUUUGCCAGCGCUAUCAAACGCAGAGCAGCGUCGUCUCCUGCACGUAAUCGAGGCCAUUGCUUACCUGCGGGAGCAUGUCAAAGCGCUCGAUAAAAAUGCACAGCGAUACUUGUUCAACUGGAAGUUGCAACUCGUGUACUCACAWGACAUAUCCCCAGGAGCAGACUCGCCGCAAACGAACGGUACAACCGCCUUACCUCAGUUCGUUCCCGAAAUACCUUGGCGCGAGGUAGUUUUCGCUCAACACAGCACAACCCAACAAGCUCUUCUUGACAUUCUCCUCCUGCACCACGACAACAAACUCACAUGGCCUGUCGCCCGUCGAUUGGGGCUAACGUCCUGGCUAUCCGAUCGCGAGGCCCUUGAACAGAUAUUCGAACAGAUGGCGCAGUCUGCCUAUCGCUCAGAGAGUCCCCCAGAUCCAGUCAAUGCAAGUCUGUACUUCUUGGCGUUGAGGAAGAAACCUACAUUGCUCGCACUGUGGCGCAUCGCAACCUGGCACAAGGAGCAACGAACCACGACCAACUUUUUGAAGAAAGACUUUGCACAAGCGGAAGCCAAGACUGCUGCAAGGAAGAAUGCCUACGCUCUGAUGGGGAAGCGGAGGUUCCAUUAUUCUGCCGCUUUCUUUUUGCUGGCGGAUGAUCCAUCGAGUGCAGUCAGUGUGCUCGCGGGACAAUGCGAGGACCCACAGUUUGCAAUUGCUGUGGCGAGAAUAUAUUGUGGUGAUGGGUCUCCUGUGCUUCGGAAACUGCUUGAAGACCGAGUUGUCCCCCAGGCAAAGGCUGAAGGGAACCGAUGGCUCCUCAGUUGGUGUCAUACGAUCCUGCUGGAGAAGGCUUCUGCCGCAAAGGUGUUGGUGGAGCCUCUGGAUACUGCUGUCCCGAAGACUUGGGUGCAAGAUGAUCCGAGUACGUUGUUGCUGUACGCCGCGUUGAGAGGCAAUAGUCCUUCUGAGCAUGAGUACGAUGCCGUCCUGCGAUCUGCGAGGAUCUUGAGACGGAUGGGAUUAUGGUUGUUGGCGCUAGAUCUUGUUAGAAGGUGGGAGUUCUUGGCGGUUCCAGCUCAAAGCAGUGCGAGUCUCAAAGAUACUGUGACGGAUGGCAUCACGAACGGCAUACGCGAACUCGAUAUCUCCGAGGAGCAGUCGGCAGAGACGAAGUCAUCAAACCCGCCAUCCCUUCUCGACAACUUCACUUCCGACCCAUCGCCUCCCAAGGCAGAACCGCCGUCUCUCUUGGACAGCUUCACACAACCAGCGCCCGUCACCCUGGCCGUGGAUGAUGAGAGAGCUUCUCGAGAAGCUAAAGCCAAGGCUUUGUUGGAAAAGAUGAAAGCUAAGAAGGAUGCGGCCACUGCUGCUGUGUCCAAGAGUGGGAGUGAGAAGAAGAAGCCGGAGCCGACGCAGUUCAAGGAACCGGAUGCGAAUUCUUUGCUGGAUAGUUUUGGAUUUUAG